AUGAAAUAUUCAUUAUCUUUUUUUCUUACCACCAUCAUUAUAUGCAUCUUCAUAACAUUUAUUCCAGUCAUUGAAGGCAAUGAAAGAUCUGUCAGUGCAAUUCUAAAUAUAACAUUCAGUGAGUGCAGAAUUUGGGUGCAAGAUGCAAAUGGCAAAUGUAUAGCUGGCGAUAAAGAUUACCAUAAUUGUGAUAAAUUUUUUAUGCGAUUUAAUGUUUCAAAAGUUGGUCCGUAUUGGGUUCAUGCUAAAGUUCAAGGCAGUCUUAGUCGACAAAAAAUUCAGGGUCCUUUUCAGAAUAGCACAUGUCUUCGGAUUUCUGGUAGUAUUUAUAAAUGGCGGAUUGUUAAGAAUAACCUCUCUGAAUGCGCGUCCUUCACUUAG